AUGGUAAAAGUUACUACAGAUUUUAUGAAAUGCUAUAAAUGGACUUCUGAAACUCUAUCAUCUGAACUAGCUAAAUACACAGAGGAAAUUAAUGAAAGUUUGAAGGAUGAUCGCAAAGUAAGAUCCAAUGCCAAAAUGCGUUUUCGACAAUUAGAGCUUACUAAGAAACAA